CCCUCCACCCCCACCCCCGGAUGGGGAAAAAAAAAAAAAGAUGUCAGCUCCUCGGCUGUAGUAUUGCUCCUUAAAAACCCCUCUCUCUGAAAAUGACAUGCCCUCGCCAUGUAACUCCUAACUCGUAUUUGGAGCCCCUGACUGCGUCUUGCAGAGCGGAGACCUAUACGUCCAACCCAGGGAUGUACAUGCAAUCCGGGAGUGACUUCAACUGUGGGGUGAUGAGGAACUGUGGGAUUGUGCCCUCUCUCUCCAAGAGAGACGAGGGCGGCAGCCCCAGCCUCUCUCUCAACACCUACCCGUCUUACCUUUCGCAGCUGGACUCGUGGUGCGAUCCCAAAACCGCGUACCGUAUAGAACAACCUGUUGGCAGACAGCUGUCGUCCUGCUCCUACCCAACUAGUGUCAAGGAGGAGAAUGUGUGUUGCAUGUAUAGCGCCGAGAAAAGGGCAAAAAGUGGCCCCGAGACAGCCCUCUACCCUAACCCCUUGCCCGAGUCCUGCCUCGGGGAGCACGAAGUCCCUGUCCCCAGCUAUUAUAGAGCCAGCCAGAGCUACCCCACCCUGGAGAAACCGCCCCACUGCUCUGGGGCUACCGAGUUCGAGGCGAGUUUCGAACCCCGGGCUAGCCUCCAUCCCCGGGGUGAACAUCUGGAAUCGCCCCAGCUUGGGGGAAAAGUGAGUUUCCCUGAGACUCCCAAGUCGGACAGCCAGACCCCGAGCCCCAACGAAAUCAAAACCGAGAAGAGCCUGGCGGGACCCAAAACCAGCCCUUCAGAAAGCGAGAAGGAGCUGAGUAAGACUACAGACACCAGCACCGAUAAUUCGGAUAACGAAGCGAAAGAGGAUAUAAAGGCAGAAAACACGACAGGAAAUUGGCUGACAGCAAAGAGCGGAAGGAAGAAGAGGUGCCCCUAUACUAAACACCAGACGUUGGAACUGGAGAAAGAGUUUCUGUUCAAUAUGUAUUUGACCCGAGAGCGCCGCCUGGAGAUUAGCAAGACGAUUAACCUUACAGACAGACAAGUCAAAAUCUGGUUUCAAAAUCGCAGAAUGAAACUCAAGAAAAUGAACCGAGAGAAUCGAAUUCGCGAACUGACCUCCAAUUUUAAUUUCACCUGAGCGCGCAGGCUCCCCGCCCCCUCCCGCCCCCCUCUCUGUCCCCGCCCCCUCCUCCCCCUUUGUGCGGGCUAAGAGUUUUUUCCCCGAGUAUAAAUGCACUGUGUAUGCAAAAAGGAAAAAAAAAGAUCUCAGACUCUCCUUCGGAGGGACUUCUUUUUGGUGCGGCGAAGAAGCCUCAAUAUAAGCAAGAGACGAUCUAUAUCUAUACCUAUACCUAUACCUAUGACUAUAUGUGUGUGUGUGUGCAUACACUCACUCAGCAUCCUUGUAAUCCUUGUAGAAUUAAGGUUGAAUCCAUCCAGAUAGUUCAAAGAAAGAGAGAAAACGUAAGGUAUCCCCUGCAGCAUUCUAAAAAUCGCUCCUUCCUCUCUGCAUUGUAUAUUUAGGGUAAUAGACGUUUUGGAAAGUUUGGCUAGUGUCGUGUGUUUGCUAUAGCCACCCAGCGCUUCCGAUGCCCCCCCAACCCCAAUCUCUACCCCACCCCAUGAAU